AUGCGGCUCAACAAACAUGAAAAGGAUGCGAAGGAGCGCACCAUACAAAGCUUUGCAGAUUUUCUGGGGUGUCGGAAUGUCAUUACAUUGCUGCAAAGUCCUGGCGGGGAGCUUGCUGCCAUGGAACCAGAUGCGGUAGGAAUACUUCUAGUGGAAGCACACAAUUACGGGCUGGAAAACCUGACGUAUGACGCCUUGAUCUCAAAGAUUCUUCGUGAGGGGGGCCGGAUCGGGAAGGAAGAUGCUGAGAUUGCUGCUGCUGUGGAUAAAUUCCAGAAGCAGCGUGAUCUCCUCCGUACAUUUGCUACUCACGCUGAAAAGCGAACAUGGGCUCUCAAGGUAGGGCUGUUCGUACCCCAUGAUGAGAGGCCUCCUUUCCACCAAUGGCUCGACCGCACUGGUAUUAAAGUUGUGGUGCGGCCACCGUCCACCGAAGGCCUCCCAGCGAGGAGGACAGUUCUGUACGAGUACGAACCGCUGUCAGAUCCUGAAACCCCUUACAUUGUGGUCGACGAAGCCCAUGGAUUCUACAUCGUGACAGAAGAAGAGUCGGUGUGCUUCGUUUACGAACAUACCAUGAAGAACGGAGACAUAGUCUUGCGACCCUUACUCAUCAUUGUCCGUAAUUUUGGGCGGGUUUCAGAAGAAACCAAUGUACCGGCUGUUCAAUUUUAUACGUUCAUGGAUGCAGUUAUCGAGACGGCAUGCAAUGGCGAACGUCGUGGAGUCCGACCAUCUGAGCCUGGUUUGAUGGCACAGUUUGGGUAUAAUGCAGGUCCGCGUCAUGCGCGAGUGUGGGGAUUGGCAAAAAGUUUCAGCAAGAAGCUUCCUCAAGAUGUUAAGGAGCAGCGGGAUCGAGAUGCAGUGGCUGUAUUGUCGAUGGUGUGGGCGAUGAUACGCACUCACAUGCCCCGCGAGGGUGUUGAUGCAUUGGAGGAUGUACUGGACGCAACAGGUAUGCCACGCAUGUCUACACGGAACAUCGAGGAAGGGGACGGCUACGAGUUCGAAAUUGACGGACAAACAUUCUCAUUUCCGGUGGCAUCUCGUGCGCCACCUGAAGGAUACCUCAUACAAGCAUACUCAGCGCGGUCGCACUAUGACGGUAUUGACGAUGAUGUGCCGAAUGCAUGGUCCCUCCAUAGUUCUGUCUGCGACAUUAUUCCAUCGGAAGCUGCAACACCCUCAGCUACAUCGGCUGCAGAACCUGCAUUCCGCAUCUCGACCCGCUCACAAAGACGCCGGCUGCAAGAGUUGGGCUCCCAGCAAAAAUCACCCAAUCCUCCGGCUCCAAUAGUAUCCCGCCCGCUCUGUUAUGGAGGUAGCUUUGUGGACCUGGAGCUGCGUGUGGUGGUGAGGCCUGCACCAGCUACCGGUACCCAGUUCGACCCUCGUCGAAUGCAUGGUUCGACAAGGCUCGUUAAUAGAAUAACUCGGGCAUGUGCUUUCACAUCUUCUACCUUUAUCCGACAGGCAUUUGAGAAGGCGCAGGCAGGAUAUGGUGUAAUGAGGGCACAGAAGGGAACAGGGGCAAACACAGAGUGA